AUGCUUUCACGCGUCAGUUUCAGCCCAACCCUUCUUUCUUCCCACCUCAGCCCCCGCAUAUUCGCCAGAAACGUCUCGAUUCCAUACCGCAAAAUGGCAGGCGUCCCAAACACUUUCGAUGCGCCCGUCCACAUCGCCGUCAUAGGCGGCACUGGCAUUUCGUCGCUGCCGGGCUUCACUCUCGCUGCAACCCUCGAUAUCGACACGCCAUGGGGAAAGCCGUCCUCUCCCAUCUCCAUCCUGCAACACCCAUCGCCCACCUCUGGCAAGCCCAUCCCAGUAGCCUUCCUCUCACGACACGGCCUGCACCAUCAGUAUGCUCCUCACGAGGUCAAGAACCAGGCCAACAUUGCCGCCCUGCGACACAUUGGCGUCCGCACCAUCAUCGCCUUCUCUGCCGUCGGCUCGCUGCAGGAACACGUCCGGCCGCGCGACUUUGUCGUACCAGACCAGAUCAUUGACCGUACCAAGGGCAUCCGGCCAUUCACCUUCUUCGAGGGCGGCAUGGUAGGCCAUGUGGGCUUUGGCGACCCGUUCGACAAAAACCUCGCCGUCAUCGUGAGACAGUGUGGGCAUGCGCUUGAAGGCGACGGUGUUACACUGCACGACAAAGGUCUUUUGAUCUGCAUGGAAGGACCCCAGUUUAGCACACGCGCAGAGUCCAACCUCUAUCGAUCGUGGGGCGGCAGCGUCAUCAAUAUGUCGGCUCUACCUGAAGCCAAGCUUGCGCGCGAGGCCGAGAUCGGUUACCAGAUGAUUUGCAUGGCGACCGACUACGACUGCUGGAGGGGCGACGGCGAGGAGGAUGUCAACGUCGAAAUGGUCAUGUCCCACAUGAAAGCAAACGCAGAGAACGCCAGACGCUUCGUCGGCGCCGUGUUGAACGAACUCAGCAAGGAGGAGCAUGGUGAGCAAGUUCUUGCAAAGCACCUCGAAGGACAGAUGAGGUUUGCAGGCGCCAUGACGAAGAAGGAAGGACGAGGACAGGAUGCGGAGAAGAAGCUACAAUGGCUAUUCCCGGGCUACUUUGAAUGA